AUGGCUCGUGAACACGUCCACCCCCAAGGGCGGGUCGUUGCCCUGAGCCAUGGAGAACCACAGGGCACAGUGGCUGUUGCGCCGGCUGGCAAACAGGUCCACCUCUGCUCUCCCGAACUGGACCCAGACCUGCUUCACCACCUCCGGGUUCCCAUCCAGGAGUCCCUCAUCCUCUACAAUGAUCCUGAGCUCAAUGAGUUAUCAGUCCAGUGCUUCAUGAACCUAAUGCAGUUCAUGGGAGAGAUGCCGUUCAAGAAGGAUAACACGCAGUCAGGCUGUCUGAUCCACAUCCUUCUGUUAGGGAAGGAGAAGGAGAUGCUGAGAGAUGAAAUCUACUGCCAGGUCAUCAAGCAAACCACCCAAAACCCAGCCAAGUCUUUCUGUACGCUGGGCUGGCGGCUGCUCAACCUGAUGACGGGCUUCUUCCCCUGCUCCGACACUCUGCAGCCGUUUGUCACACGCCACCUGCAAGAUAUCUCCCAGGACUACCAGCACCCAUACCAAGAGCUGGCGUGUGUGUGUCAGGAGAACAUGCAGCGCUCUCUCACUUUUGGCGGUCGCCGUAACAUCCCGUCACAUGUGGAGAUGGACGCCAUUCUGGCUGGGAAAACUUCUCGACGUGUUCCCACCCAGCUGCCAGGAGAAGUGGAAUUCCCCAUCAAGAUACGCAGCUUCAGUUUGGCAGGAGAAGCAGUCACAGACUUCUGUAAAGAGAUGGGAGUCUUAAACCUGACGGAAAUCAAAGAGUUCUCCAUCCUCGCCAACCGACGCCAAGAUGGGAUGGUGCGUCCCCUCCAUGCUGAAGAGUAUCUGUUCGACUUCCUGCUGGAUGACGGCUCCAUCUUCCUGUCCCUGAGGAGAAUGAUGUGGAGGAGCCCUCUGACCUUCAGCAGUGACCUCUAUGUGGACUUCCACUACCAGCAGCUCCUGGCUGACUACCUGAGUGGGCACCUCCUACUGGCCCCUGCAGACGGCUCCUCCUCGGUGCAGCAGCUGGCUCAGCUGUCCGCUCUGCAGCACCUGGCCCAGGGUCUGCAGGGUGAGCCCUCACUAGUGGAGAUGAAGGAGUACCUUCCCUCCCUGGAUGGCCUGAGCAUCAAAGCUGCGGAGAUCCAGACCUUCUGUGAGGGCCAUAUCGCUGCCAUGCACUCCCUCAGCCCUCAAAACGCCAAAAUACAAUUUAUUGAGUUUCUGAGCGCCAUGCCUCUGUUUGGCUCUAACACCUUCCUGGCCCAGAAGGUGAGCCAGCAAGGCUGUCCCUCGCCCUGCAUGGUCAGCAUCAGCCAGGACGGGGUGCUGUUCCUUCACCCCAAAACAAAGGUACCUUCAGCACUAAAACCUGACCAGUUAAUACAACUUCAACUGAUGACAUCGACA